AUGGUCAAGGAAACAAAAACAAGGACACUAAAUGUCCAGCCUGAAAAAAGCCAAGGAGAGGAUGACAACAAACAUGUAUCAUUCCAUCCGCACCAUAUCACCCUCGAGACCUUCCGCAACCUGCUAUCCCACUACCCUUCAACGGUAGAGCGAGUUCACCGCAGCAAGCUGAUGUUAAAGCUGCAGUCGAAGACGGGAAAGGGACCAAAACGAAAGGCCGAGACGAAGACCAGUGCAGCUUCGACCACAAAAGCAGAGCUCGAUUCGUCGGAAGAGAAGCAUAUUCUCGAAGAGACGGAUAAAUUCCUCCAGCUUGACCGGUGGCGAUAUGAAGACCUGCCGAAGAUUAUCGCGGAGCGGACGAAUGGAAUUGAUAUCAUGGAAUGGAAGACGAAACACGGAGUCUCCCGUCCCAUGCUAAUGGGAAUGGUGAAAAGCAACCCAGCCACAACAAUCACAAAGUCUACAUCCACGGCUUUCGCCGCUCUCCCAGAUGCGGAUCCUUUGGUUGCUCCGAACGAUGCAUUCCCUAAAACCAGUCUGGAUGCCCUUACUGCGCCUAUCCGUGGCGUUGGCCCGGCUACCGCAUCUCUGAUUUUGUCUAUCGCCACGGUCUUCGGCGACGCUAAGAAACAAGUCCCGUUUUACAGCGACGAUGUGUACCUUUGGCUGUGUCUAAUGGAUUUUCCCGAGGGUCCGGAUGCCACGGAGCAGAAGCCUUCUAAGCAUAAGAAGCCCAAUGGGGAGUUGAUUGUCAAGUACAAUAUGAAUGAGUAUCGAGAGCUGUGGAGUGCUUCGCAGGAGCUGCGCGCACGGCUGAACAAUUCCGCUGGGGAGAAGUCUGGGGAUGGACCUGUCUCGUUUAUCGACAUCGAGAGGGCUGCUUAUGUGCUCCGCAAUAUCGCUGUCUCGGAUUACUUUGUCAGUCAAGAACCAGAGGCUGGUUUAAAUGUUGUGAAAGAUAUGGAGUCGGCGAAUAACCCGCUACCAAAUGAAUCAGAGAAGGAUUCUAGUGAGCCUGGCACGAGGCGUAGUAAGAGGACGAAGAAAGAAGCAUGA